AAAGCAUGGGUUCAAAACAUCUUAAAACAUCUCUCACGAAACGAGGAACAGCGACUUUUUAUUAUGAUUCUUCUUAUUUAGAACAAAUCAGCAGCCGUCAUUAUUCGGGUCAGUUUUCUUAUAUACCCUUGCCUACUUAUUUUGAGGUUUGUGGUUGUACAUUUGAACCUUCAUUUGUUAAGAAGAGGAAUGAAAGAGAAAGACAGAGAGUACGCUACGUGAAUGAGGGCUAUGCUCGCCUAAGAGAACACCUCCCAUCAGAAUUUGCAGAUAAACGACUCAGCAAAGUUGAAACUCUCAGGGCUGCAAUAAAUUACAUCAAGCACCUCCAGAGUCUGCUGAAGUACAAGCCUUCAAUACCUUCAAGGAAAGAAGAAGAUGUUUCCAUGUUAAUCUCUGAACCAUCAACUGCAAUACUAGAAAAUAACUGCUUCAGGGAUGCAGAAUCUAAGAUCUCUACAGACUCAUCACCACAUAGUUAAAAUGAGGUUAUGUACUUUUAGUCAUAAAGUUCAACAAAGACUUCAAAAACUUUUAUUCCAGUUAGUAAACUGUUUAUUAUUUUACUGUGAUAAUGCACAGUUGAAAUUUUGUAAUUAGAGAGGUAGGAGAA